UGUGCCUGAUUUGUGGCCAAUGUUGGAGAUGUAAAAAAAAAGGAGGAAAAAAACAGUAAAGGGGUAGCUAUGGAGAUAGAACGUUUUCCUGGCUGCUUUCUUUGACAGGUGUUGAGUGGGGUAAAAGUCUUAAAACAGAAUCCAGCAUGUACGCCAAAGGUAAAGGAGCUGUCGUCCCCUCCGAUAGCCAAGCGAGAGAAAAGCUAGCUUUAUAUGUGUAUGAGUACUUGCUGCAUGUCGGAGCUCAGAAAUCUGCACAGACCUUCCUGUCGGAGAUCCGAUGGGAGAAGAACAUCACAUUGGGGGAGCCCCCGGGAUUCCUGCACUCCUGGUGGUGUGUAUUCUGGGAUCUGUACUGUGCUGCUCCGGACAGGCGGGAGACAUGCGAACAUUCCAGCGAGGCCAAGGCUUUCCACGAUUACAGUGCGGCCGCCGCCCCCAGCCCGGUCAUGGGCAACAUGCCCCCUAACGACGGCAUGCCCGGCGGACCCAUGCCCCCCGGCUUCUUUCAACCAUUCAUGUCUCCACGGUACCCAGGUGGACCACGCCCCUCACUCCGCAUGCCAAAUCAGCCCCCUGUGGGAGUCCCAGGGUCACAGCCACUCCUGCCAAACAGCCUGGACCCAACCAGACCACAGGGACACCCAAACAUGGGCGGUCCCAUGCGAAUGAACCCCCCCAGAGGCAUGGGGGGAAUGGGCCCACAGAACUAUGGCGGUGGCAUGAGGCCUCCACCUAACUCGCUGGGCGGCCCUGGCAUGCCAGGGAUGAACAUGGGUCCUGGAGGGCGAGGUCCCUGGCCUAAUCCUAACGCUAACUCAAUAGCGUACUCCUCCUCAUCUCCAGGCAACUACGUGGGUCCUCCGGGGGGCGGCGGUCCUCCAGGAACUCCCAUCAUGCCGAGCCCAGGAGACUCCACAAACUCCAGUGAGAACAUUUACACGAUGAUGAACCCCAUCGGUCCUGGGGGCAACAGACCUAAUUUCCCAAUGGGGCCUGGCCCUGACGGGCCAAUGGGUGGAAUGGGAGCCAUGGAGCCACACCAUAUGAACGGAUCGCUAGGCUCUGGUGACAUGGAUGGGUUGCCAAAGAACUCUCCCAACAACAUGGCAGGCAUGAAUAACCCACCAGGGACUCCGCGGGACGACGGGGACAUGGCAGGCAACUUCCUAAACCCAUUCCAAAGUGAAAGUCCCCCUGGGAUGCCCCUGGAGCGGAGGACUCAAAUCAAGACCACCCAUCCCAGGGUGUGCAAAGUGAGCGGCAACAGGAAACAGUCACAGAGCCAGAGGAAGAGCCUCCUCACUGACUCUCCCUGCCUCCCUGGCUUCCUCACUGGCCCAGGACAAUGAGGGCUGAGAGAGAGUGAGGGACAGGCCAGGAACCCUCCCACAGCAAGGCGCUCAUCAGCAUCAGGCUGGUGGCUUCAUUUUCCUUCAUUCU